AUAAUGCCAUGCAAGGAAGUAUUUGGUUCCGCCUCCGGAGCCAACGUUCUUCUUCAAAAGAUGACGCGAAAUUGAUUUCAGGUUUCACUGUUGUGACCGAAAUCAAACAGAUUCCUACUUCCCUCACUUUCAAUCCAUGAUCGACGAUGAAGAGAAGCAGCAGGAGAAACUCGGGCGCUGCUGCAUAUGGCACCAGUUCUCCGCUGCAGCUUCAAGCCAUCCGGACAAAAUCGCGGUCGUGCACGCCUCGGGCGGCGCCCGGCUCUUCAGAGAAUUGCAUCGCGGCGGCGAAACUUCUGCGGGCUUUGGCACCGACGGCCUAGGCUUCUUAACUGACCGGGCUGCUCCAUCCACCUCGCCCCCCGUUUACGACGGCGACGCGUGCUUCGCUUACUCUCAAGUGUCACUGGCGGUCGAGUCCCUCAGCUCUCGCCUCCGCGCCGUCCUGGACGGUGAAGAUGUUCCCGACCUCAUCAAACCCUCAUCUGGUGAAGUGAACAAUCGUGGUGAGCGAGCUCAACCUGCGGAUUCCUUAUCAUUUGUGCCGAGCAAUCCACGUUUGGCUGAGUCAAGGGAUGUGUAUAGACCCAAAAUAGUUGGGGUUUACAUCCCUCCUUCUGUGGAGUAUGUUGUCUCCGUUCUUUCUGUUUUGAGGUGUGGGGAGGCACUCAUGCCUAUAGAUCCAUGGUGGCCCAAGGACAGAAUACUUUCGGUUGUUGCUGCUUCAAAUGUAGAUGCUAUUCUUGGGUCUAAAACGUCGUUUGGAAAAACUCAUGAUAAUCCCUCUGACUGGAUCGCCAAGUCAGUAAGUUGUCCAGUGUUAUUAUUCUCAAUGGAUGAAUGUCUUCAAGUGGACAGGGGUUCUUGUAAUAUACCUUUGCCUUGUAAAGGUUGGAAGCAGAGGUUAUUCUGUUAUUUGAUGUAUACAUCAGGAUCAACUGGGAAUCCUAAAGGAGUUUGUGGCACUGAGCAAGGUCUUCUGAAUCGCUUUAUGUGGAUGCAAGAAUUUUACCCCUUUGAAGUGGAGGAAUACGUAUUGUUCAAGACAUCGAUAAGUUUUAUUGACCACCUGCAAGAAAUUUUGGGAGCUAUACUUACUGCUUCUGCCCUAGUAGUGCCUCCAUUCAAUGAGCUAAAAGAAAAUAUUUUCGCCGUCCUUGAUUUCUUGGAGGCUUACCGUAUUAGCAGGCUUACAGCUGUUCCGUCACUUAUGAGGGCUGUCCUUCCUGCUUUGCAAAGUCAACGGCACCUGCAGGUCACUGAGUCAUUAAAAUUGUUAGUACUGAGUGGUGAAGAUUUUCCUGUACUCUUGUGGAAGAUGCUUUCUACUGUAUUUCCCAACACCUCCAUCCUGAAUUUGUAUGGAAGCACAGAGGUCUCCGGUGACUGUACAUUUUUUGACUGUGAAAAGUUGCCGAUGUUAUUAGAGACAGAGGCAUUAACGAGCGUUCCAAUCGGUCAGCCAAUAUCUAAUUGUGACGUAGUGCUUGUUGGGGAGCAUGACACUCCAGAUCAAGGGGAGAUACAUGUUGGGGGUCUCUGUAUUUCUAGUGGAUGCUUUUUAAAUUCUACAGUAGUUCACUCAGACUUCACAGAGCUGCUUCACUGCUCUUCUUUGCACUAUUCUGACAAUAGACAAAGAAAUCAGUUAUUCUAUAGGACUGGUGACUUCGCUCAGCGUCUAGAAAAUGGUUACUUGGUUUUUUUAGGGCGAAAAGAUCGCAUUGUAAAGAUCAAUGGGCAGCGGGUAUCUCUGGUGGAAGUCGAAAAUGCAUUGAGAGGACAUCGAGAUGUGCUUGAUGCUGCUGUGAUUUCUCAGAAAGGUCCAGAGGAGCUUAUCUUCCUUAAAGCAUUUCUAUUACUAAGGGAGAUGGAAAAUUCUAGGGAUGUAUUGGGAUGCAUUAGACGUUGGGCAAUUGGUAAAUUUUCAGCAGUAAUGAUUCCUCAUCAAUUUGUCUUUGUUGAAUCAUUUCCUAUGACUUCUAGUGGGAAAGUUGAUUAUGAGUCGCUAGCUGCUCUAGAAAAAAUGCAGACCAAUGAAGAUAGUAAUCAAACUGAGGAUAUUGAUCUCUUGCAAGCAAUAAAAAAGGCAUUUCUUGAUGCCUUGAUGAUUGAAACGGUGUCUGAUGAAGACAAUUUCUUCACUGUUGGUGGUAACUCGAUUGCUGCAGCGCAUGUGUCCUAUAAUCUUGGGAUUAACAUGAGAUUGCUGUAUGACUUUCCAAGCCCAUAUAAGCUGCAUCGUGCUAUCUUGCAAAAGGUGGGAUCAUACAGUGAAAAUUUGAAAGUAGAUGGCGGUUUGAGAAUAAAUCUGGAACCUGGCAAAAGGAAAAUUUUCCAAUCGCUUAAUUCUGAGGCAGCUGACAUAUACAGGAUCAAAGAGAAUGAAAAGUCGAUUGGAACCAGUGGAAAGAAUGGAAACCAUGAUACAACUUAUAAGCGGUUGAAAGCUGAUUCUGAUACGUAUUCUACCUCUACUGGUGAUAGUCCACGAGAUGGCUAUCCUUGGACAUCUCUAUUGAAGCUCAAGUCUUGUUCCUUAAGUCGAUGCAACAGGGUUAUGUAUGAGAGUGACUACGGUUUGACUGAUGGAUGUCAAGCAAGUUGGCCGGCAGAAAUUCCUAGAAACACAAAAUCUUUUAUGCGCAAGCUGUGGAAAGUUCCAAUGGGUUCUUGUGUUGAUGCAUCACCACUUCUGGUAGUGCGGAACCAGGAACUAUUUGUAUUUAUUGGAGCGCACUCAGAAAAGUUUGCCUGUGUUAAUGCCAAAAGUGGUUCUGUUCAGUGGGAGAUCAAACUAGAUGGAAGAAUAGAGGGUUCAGCAGCUAUUACCAAUGAUUUUUCUCAGGUUGUGGUUGGAUGCUAUGAUGGAAACAUUUAUUUUCUUGAUUUUUCCAGUGGUGAAAUUUGCUGGACCUUCCAAACUGCUGGCGAGGUGAAGUCACAGCCGGUUAUAGAGAAGAAAAGACAAUUAAUCUGGUGUGGGUCAUAUGACCAUAAUCUGUACGCUCUUGACUACAAAAACUAUCAAUGUGUUGACCAUGUUACUUGCAGUGGAAGCAUAUUUGGAUCUCCAGCAAUUGAUGAGUUGCGCAGCAGAAUAUAUGUUGCAUCCACUAAUGGCCGUAUUACAGCGUUAUCCAUAAAGGCUUCGCCAUUUUAUGUUUUAUGGCAAUGUGAUUUGGGAGUACCAGUUUUUGGGUCCAUCUCCAUAUGUCCCAUUUUUGGAAAUGUUAUAUGCUGCUUGGUUGAUGGAUCCGUCAUUGCGUUGAAUUCAAGCGGAGCAAUCUUUUGGAAGACUGGAACGGAUGGUCCAAUAUUUGCUGGAGCCUGCAUAUCUUCGGCACUUCCUUCUCAGGUCAUGACACUUGCACAUUCACGUAUUCUGCAGGUUCUCAUAUGCUCCAGAAGUGGAAAGAUAUAUUCAUUCGAUACGGAAAGCGGGAAGACAAUCUGGGAGUAUGAUGUGGGAGAACCAAUAACUGCAUCUGCGUAUGUUGAUGACAACCUGCAACUAACAUGCGACAGGUUGGUUUGCAUUUGUACCUGCUCUGGAAGUAUUCUCGUCCUCCAAAUCAAUGUGGAUAUGGAGGGAGAUGCAGUGGAGAAAAGUGACCACAUGGUUCAAGAAUUUUCUAGGUUGAAGCUUGACGGAGACAUAUUCUCCUCACCAGUGAUGAUUGGCGGGCUAAUUUUUGUCGGUUGCCGGGAUGAUUACUUGCAUUGUGUUGCUUUAGAAACUCAAAGUUUAACCAAACGAUUAUUUUGCUGAAUGGUUCGCUGUUGCCCUUUCUUGACCGCACUUUCCAUGGAGGCAAUCAGCAGUGAUUGUACUUCAUCGAAUUGCAAUAGUAGGUUGUUAUAAUGAUGUCGGUUUUGUGUGAGGGAGACUUCUAUGUUGCUAGGAGCUUAUCCUGGGUAUGUUAUCAAGCCUUUGCGGACCUCAUAUGAGAGAUCAAGAUGCGAAGAUCAGAAACUGUCUUAGGAGGCAUGGAGAACGCUCUUUGAAUAGAAAUGCAAUGAGAGCAGAGUUCAAUCGUGCACUGGGAAAAGUGCCGGAGGAACAACCACUUGCAAUCGGGUUUAAAUGGUGGUGCAGGUAUCGUUGGUCAAACUAUGGAAUUUGAAGCGCAUAAAAAAAAAAUUAUAACCGUAGUAAUUUUCUCUAUUUUAGGUAUUUACCCAUUUGUAGUAUAGUAAAUUUUGAGGAGCUAUUUUUUCAUUCGAUCAUCUUAAGAUAUAAGUUUUUUUUUCUUUAUGUUGUCUUUUCAUUAUUUUUCAAUUUUGUGUGAGUGUUUUACUUGUUUAUUUUUUUAUUUGUAAGUUAUAUAAUAAUGGAUUUGAGGUGUUACAGUCACUUAGCAUAUGAACAAUUAGAAUGAGAUUACAAGAACGUGGAAAACUGUUAAGACAA